AUGAAGCUGUUGGUAAUAGUCGCCACGUUCGUGGUCUUGUCAUCAGCGGCUCCCCAAGGCUAUCACCUGGAUAAGCCUUCAGGACGAAGCUUUGGAAUAAGAGGUUCAGGAUCAGGUUUUGGAACAGGGGGUUCAGGCUCAGGUUUUGGAGCAGGAGCUUCAGGCUCAGGUUUUGGAGCAGGAGCUUCAGGCUCAGCUUUUAGCUCAGGAGGAUGCGGGCCCGGAAGGGUGCUGCAUGUUGACGGCAGAUGCGUCACUCCACGCGUCAACCGCAAAGUUUACUUGUAUGACGCGCCACCAGCGCCCGUGUCCCAUGGUCCCCCACCCUACAUACCUGAGCCAACCGUUGAGACAAACAUCGUGUUCAUCCGAGCACCAGAACAAGGACAAGGACCAGAUCCUAUUGUCAUACCUCCUCCGAGACAAGAACAUGUUGUGUACGUCCUUAACAAAGAGUCGCCACAGCAACAGGAAGUGAUCGAACUCCCAGCUCCGCCAGCGAGCGAACCAGAAGUUUACUUCGUGAACUACGGUGACGGCGAGAACCCGGUUCUUCCCAGCGGCGUUGAUCUCCAGACUGCCCUGAACGCAGCUUCCCAAGGUGGUGGUCAAGUGGUCGGAGGCGGUGCCGGAGGCGCUGGGGGAGGAUUCGGAGGUAGUGGAGGAAACGGUGGAUUCGGAAGUGGAGGAAUCGGUGGAUUCGGAAGUGGAGGAAUCGGUGGAUUCGAAGAUAACGUAGGAAUCGGUGGAUUUGGAGGAAGUGGAGGAAUCGGUAGAUUAGGAGGAAGUGGAGCAAGCAGUGGAUUAAGAGGAAGUGGAGGAAUUGGUGGAUUCGGAGGAAGUGGAGGAAUCGGAUUUAGUGGAGGAUCCAGUGGCGUUUCGUCUCUGUCAAGUCUUUACUCCGUACCUUAA